UCGCCUUUCAAAGUUGUUAAUUCGAUUUCAAUAAUUUUCUAAUACGAAAAUUUUAAUUUUUCUCUUUUAAACAACAUAUUUCUUAUUGAAUUAGUGGCCUGUUGUGGCCGAAAUUCGCGCGGAAGUCGUACGUUGUGUGUAUUGCGUUAAAUUCUGGAGUUCGUGGCGGUGUUGUUAUUAAGUGAGGAAGAGAAAAAUUGUUUACAUUUUUUGUUGUUGAACUGCAUAGAAACGAAUUGUUCUAAUUGUAUAAAUAUUUUUUCUGCAUGUUGCCGAUAAUUUUAUCUAAUUGUGGUGAUACUGAUACAUAUAGCUGCUGAAAUGGCAAGCUGUAUUAAAAGAAUAACCAUGUUCAUCGCUUGUAGCAUAUGAUGUGCUCAUCGGCGACUACAUAUUGCCUGAGUUUUAAAAUAAAAUCGAAGGAAAACGGAGAAUCAAGCAACAACAAUGUUGCUAGUGCAAAACCAGCAAAACCAACAACAACAACAACUACUACUAAAACUACAAAAACAAAAGCAACAACAAGACACCACAACACUUCCACACCAAUGCAGCAGCAACAACAGCAGCAAUUGCAACAACAACACCAACACCAGCAACAACAGUUGCAAUUGCAGACGACGCAAAAGCAAGCACAGACGCAACAGUUAACCAACAACAUCAUAUUGCUGCGCGGCGCACGCAACGAAAACGGGCAAAUUGUCAUACAGAACAAGCAUGGCAUAAUCAGCAUAUAUAAUAAUGAUCAGCAACAGCAACAGCAACAACAACUGCAGUUGGAACAUCAAAAACAGCAGCAACAGAAAAUUGAUAAAACAACCGUUGCUGCGACACUGACACAAUUGCCCACAGCCACAACAGUUGCACGCAAAUCAAUACAAACAACAGCAACAACACCCACAACAACAACAUUACUUGGUAAUACGAAAAGCGCUGCUUAUGUUGCCAAGGAGACCGCGGCGACACCGUCCCAAGGUGGCAGUGGGGGCGGCGGUGGUUCCACUGGCAAUGCGACCAACACAAUUCUGUUGCAAACGCCAAUCAAUGCAAGCCAACUGGAAUCGGUGCUGCUGCACACGGCCAAUUUGAAGAAGACAUCCAACACUUCUACCGCUGCAGAUCGCCAGUAUCUCUUUAAAACGGCCUCGCGUAGCCUCAGCACGGACAGCAAUCGCCUAGGUCGCGCCUCGGAGGGCGGCAGCAUGGGCAGCGGUAGCUUGAGCAACAACAGCAGCAGCAGCAGCAGUAGCAUCGCCAGCAAAGCACCGUUUGUGUUGCAAACACUUAAGCGGCUGGAGAAGUCGCAAUCCAUACUAGUCAUACGUAAUCCGUCUGCCUCAUCGGUGGCUGCGCUCACAGCCUCUGCUUCCGCAUCAUCGCUAUCGACAGUCUCCUCGUCGAGUAAUAUUGCGCACGCCGCAACCUCCACCAGCUCAGAUCAUGUGUCCAACACCGGCGCGCUACUUUCCUCAUCUUCCGUUUCCUCCUCCAUAUCGGGUUCCACGAUUUCACUGUCUUCGGGCCAUUUGGUCACGGCAGCGCAGACGGUUAGUGUUAGCACCAAUACACAGACGGGCGCCGUGAACUUCACACGUGCUACCAAAAGUCAACAGACCAAUGGAACGGCUGUGGUGUCAUCCGCAGCUACAACAACAGCCAAAUUGGGCAAUAUCACCGUGAACCGCACCAGCAGCGGUGCAACAACAGCUGCUGCGUUAUCAACGAAAACGACGCUGCCAGUUUCUGCUGCCACAACAACUACAACAUACUUGCGCUUAGCCAAUGCAACAACUGUGUUUGCCAACAACAACAGCGGCAAUCACAAUAAUGGUAGCGUCAACGGGGUGGGCAUGAAUAAGGUUGUGGUGGUCAGUGGCAGCAAAAGCCAUAACGUCAGUGCUGUAAACAGCAGUAAGAGCAUCAGUGCGAGCGGUAUGAGAAUUGUUGACACACAUACCCAACAACAACAGCAACAGAAAACGCAACUCUGUUUGUCCGACAUGCAGUUGAAGCUAGAGACGCGCGGUGGUGGGGCGGGAGGCAUCGUUGUUUCCUCACCUCAGCAGCAACAAGCAACAGUAACAACAGCCGUGCACCAACAACAGCAACAAGCUCAGGUGCAGCAGCAAAAACAGCCAGUGUCAAAUGCGCCUCGCGGGAGCGAUGGCGAACCUAUCAAACUUCCAGACAAUUUGGAGAGCUUGCCAAGAGCUGACAGUUUCCCGUCACAGCGACAUCGGUGGAAUACAAAUGAGGAAAUCGCAGCGAUUCUUAUCAGUUUUGAUAAGCACAAUGAGUGGCAAUCCAAGGAAGUCAAAACCAGACCGAAGAGCGGUUCGCUGCUGCUGUACUCCCGCAAGAAGGUUCGCUAUCGUCGUGAUGGCUACUGCUGGAAGAAACGCAAGGACGGCAAGACCACGCGCGAGGAUCACAUGAAGCUGAAAGUGCAAGGAACAGAGUGUAUUUAUGGCUGCUAUGUUCAUUCCGCAAUUCUUCCGACUUUUCAUCGCAGGUGCUACUGGUUGUUACAAAAUCCAGAUAUCGUUUUGGUGCACUACCUGAACGUUCCAUAUCCAGAUGAUAAUAAAAUGGCUGUCAUUGCUCCGAGCAUAACACUGUGGGGCGAUAAGAAAGAGUGGACGAAGGAUGAGCUUGUCAGUCAACUUAAACCUAUGUUAUCCACGGUUACUUCGGAUGAUGACUCUGAUUCCGGCAAUGACAUAGAAAUAUCGACUGCCGAGACCGUCGAAUCAUUGGUGUGCCAGUUGAUGGAGAAGCAACGUCUUUCACGGCAGGCGGCCUUGGUCAAGCAGCUGGACUGUGGUUGUGGGGAUGCGUCGUGCGCCGACGGCAAAACUUGCUCGCAUCCGGUAAUGCGGCGGCCUACGCUAUUGAAAUCGGUUAGCGAGAAGCGUCUUAGCAUUGGCGAUGGCUAUGGUCCGGGGGCGAGCGGUACGCCGAAUGUUGUAGUUGGUCAAAAGCUUUACUCGCGUUGGUCGGAGCGGCGGCUACGCGAUGGCAGCGAACAACUACAUCAUCAGUAUUCGGGCAACCAUCAUAUGCAACAACAGACUUUGCCGCAGGAGUCGGCGAUUAAAUUCCAAAUCAUUCCACCACAACACAACGAACAACAACAGGCUUCCUAUCAUCAACAACAACAACAACAGCAACAGCAGCAACACUAUCGACAGCUGACUGCGCGAAACAAUAUGCUCUUACAGCAGCAACAACAACAACAACAGCAACUGCAUCAUCAACAACAACAACAACAACAGCAUCAGCAAUCAAAUUUCAAUCAAAACUCAUCAACAAUUUCCAACAGCAAUCAUAACAAUCAAUUAAAUUUGCAACGAUUUGUAGGUAAUAACGGCACCAACCACAGCCACAGCCACAACAACAGCAGCGGCAGCAGCAGUAAUAAUGUCAACAAUGGCAGUAAUAAUAAUAAUUCACAUGUAAAUCAUCGCUUACGAAUUGCAAAAACAACAAUAACAGCUACCUCGGGGGCUGCAGCCGCUGCGGCCAUCAUCGAGCAGCAGGAGGGGCGCGUGAUGGGCCUGCAUGAGGAUGAACUAAUUGGAAACCCCAACCACGCGCCGUUAAAUGCCCAUGGCACCCUUAACCGCAGUGGCAGCUUUGGGAGUGUUGGUGGUGGUGGCAAUUGUAGUCAAUUAGUGUUGACACCUCACCAGCAACAACAGCAACAACAACAACAACAGCAAAAUGUAAUAAAUAACAAUAGCAAUUACAGCUUCAAUAAGCAUCAGCAGCAACAACAACAGCAGCAGCAGAAACAAACUGAUGCACACACUUCGUCUACUUCUUCCACACAACAACAACAACAACAACAGCAAGAUUUUUACAAUCGGCUGCAGCAACAGCAACAGAAGCAAACAACGAAUGACAUAAAUAUGUCCUCCGUCUCCAAUUCUUCCUCGCAAUCACCACAACAGCAACAACAACAACAUCAGCAAAUGCACCACCCACAUGCACAUUCGCAAUCUCAAAUGCACACACACCAACAACAGCAACAGCAGCAGCAGUCACAACAAUCACAGCAAGAACAACAAUCAGCAAAUACAACGACUCUGAAUAUUUCCUCGACGACAUUUUCAUCGACAUCAUCGCCGUCGUCGUCCUCCUUGUCGACAGUGGAGCCGAUGUGUAUGUCGCCGGAACAUCAGCCGUCGACACCAGUGAGUCCAACCACGCUAGGUUUAAGCAGCAAUAGUGAUCCCUUGCAGCAACAUCAAAAACAACAACAACAGCAAAACUCAACUUCUUCGGCGAAUAUGGUGGGAGCUGGUACAUUGGCAACAACCUCACCCUCGUCUCAGUCGAUUAUGAAUGAUAAUGUGGGUCAUAAUAAACAUGCGACCAUUGGCGACACAUUGGCUGCCGAGACCACAAGAGUUGAUGAAAAUUUAAUUGGCGAAAAUGCCAGUGAACUGGACAAAUUCGAUUCGCCUGCAGAGGAUGACGAUGCAACGGAGACGUCAUCGGGUAGUGAUAUGAAACACAAUUCAAAUACUUCCAAAAACAACAACCACAACAAUUGUAACGACAACAAUCAAGUAAUAGAGUACAACAGCAACAGCAAUACCGAUGGUUGUGUAAAUAUUGGUGCUUCCAACGAUGAUGCCAAGGUAAACAAUGUACAACAACAACACGAACAAACCAAUCCGAAUUCCCAUGAAGCAUGUGAAACCGAACAACAACAAUCCCAUACAAUUGACUUUGAAUCACUGGAGCUGAGCAGCAAUGGCGGAAAUGGUGUUGGUCAGCAACAACCACACCACCAACGACAAUCAGCUUCACAUUCCACGCACGAUUUCAACGAUUCAUUGAGCUUCCUUAACGAGACACUCGAUCUCUCGCAGGAAGAUAUCCAACGUACGCUCGUAGCGAAUUUGCCUUUCGGCGCAACAAAUUCGAAAUUGACAACAACCACAGGCGCUGCCGAGCCGCAUAUGAUGAGCUCCAUCGACUUUUUAGGCGGCAAUUGCGCCGGUCAAAGUGACGAUGAGAUUCUCGUGCAUGGCGUUAGCUGUGAAGGAGACGAUGAGGACGCCGAUGAUGUGUUUGCCCAUUUGGAUGCGUUCGACAUGCUCGUCGAAUUUCCCGAAUUGGAUUUGGAUGAUAAGGAAGCGCUAUCAAAUACCGUGCAGCAACAGCAGCAACAACUACAUCAACAGCAUGUCGACAUACACGGUUCAUUAGAGCAGCUAAACAACAGCCAAGCUCACUGCUCUUCUGGCAUGGUGAGUGACAAAAAACUGCUAAAUAUUUGCGACUUCAGUCCGGAAUGGGCAUACACGGAAGGUGGCGUCAAGGUGCUUGUGGCCGGACCAUGGACUGCGAACGCCACGUACACGCUACUCUUCGAUGCACAGCCGGUGCCGACGCAGCUGAUACAAGAGGGCGUCUUGCGUUGCUAUUGCCCACCGCACGAGGCCGGUUUUGCUACCCUGCAGGUGUCUUGUAACAACUAUAUAAUCUCUGACACGGUAUUAUUCGAGUACAAGACCACGCUGUACCAAGAAGCGCCCUACGAUGCGUACACCAAUGAUUGUCUGUACAAGUUUACGCUACUCAAUCGAUUGGCAUUGAUAGACGAAAAGAUGCAGGUGAAAUCGGAAGCAUCGGCGACGCUGUUCGAGCAGCAGACACUUUUACUCCACAAGAACUUCGAAGAUCAACUAGUGAGUUAUUGCCAAGAGCUCAUGAAACGCACUUGGUUGCAGAAUGGCAGCAACUGGAGUGGCGGCUUCAAAGGCAUGACGCUGCUGCACUUAACAGCAGCGCUCGGCUAUUCGAAGCUGGCUUGCGCCUUGCUCAAUUGGCGCGCGGAGAAUCCAAAUAUCAUACUCGAGACUGAGAUUGAUGCAAUGAGUCGUGAUGUCUACGGUUAUACACCGAUGGCUUGGGCUUGUGCACGCAAUCACGUUGAAAUGACCAUUAUAUUGUUUAAGUGGAAUCAUAAUGCCUUGAAAAUCAAGGAUAAUGCUCAACAAACACCUCUUGAUAUCGCUAACUUCAAAGGCUAUAAGGCGCUCUUGUCGGAAAUUUAUCGUCUGGAAGAGGACCGCUUAAAGCAAAGUAAGAAGAAUACAUUUGGCAACAUAUCCUUGAGUCUAAAUAAAUAUUUGCUGACUGAUGUACAUUCAAAAUCACAGAACACCAACGAACAAAUUUAUGACGUCAAAGACAACGAACACGUUUUCAAUACAUUAGAUGCUUUAGAUAUGCAACGUAGUCAUGAUGGAGUCUUCUUGCGUCCCGUAGCGGUGGCAAGUAAUCAAAGUCCACCGAACGCUAGUCGGUUUUCCAAGCGAUCCUCGGUCGAUAGUGGAAUAAAUAUGGAUAUUCGUACGAAGCCCGGUAAAUCCUUUAAGGACAUAACACGUUUGCAAAGUUUCGAAACGCAUGACAAUUUCAAAUUGGCCGUGGAGUCAACGCUUGACACACUUGCCGCAACAAAUACAACGAACUCCUUACUCUCGCCAUCGCGCAAAAUGGACUUUGCAUUGUGCGAGGUAUCAACUGGCGAUUCAAGUCCCUUACCCGACAAAGAUCACGAUGAUACAUCAACGAUCAAUAAUGAUGAUGUAAACGAUGUGACUAUAAGUAAUGAGAACGAUGCCAUUGUAGGGGAUUCUGAUGCCAAAGUGCUCACCCUAGCCGAGCACAUUAUUGCUGCCAUGCCGGAGCGUAUUAAGAAUGAGGCCGAUGAGAUGAUGGUGCUGGGCAGUCCACUAACAGAACCGCUCAACUCUGAUUCGCCGAGUCUGAAUAAUGGGUUUAUGGAUCCACUCGAUUCGCUGCCUAAUGCACACUAUGAGAGCUUCGACUUCAAUGAUCACAGCUACCGUUAUCAUGAUGUUAGCACACCAUGUUCCAGUCUAAGCCCGGCCAGUUCAGGUCCAUUGCAAUCGCCAGCCAGUUACUCCAUACUGGGUGCCGAUCCCUCUGUUAGCUCACCAAGUCCACCACCCUCAACUAAACAGUUGACUGAAUUCUUACAUGCUUCUAGCAGCAGCCAGUAUCCCUUUGAGGCCGACUUCUCGAAGCUAACAUUAACAGAUACCGAGCAACGCGAAUUGUACGAGGCUGCCAAAUGCAUACAGAAAGCUUAUCGCUCAUAUAAGGGCCGCCAGAAGCUGGAGGAGCAAAACAAGGAACGCACUGCCGCCAUUGUCAUACAGAACUAUUAUCGUCGCUACAAACAGUACGCCUAUUACCGGCAGAUGACAAACGCUGCUCUUGUCAUACAACAUGGAUAUCGUUCGUAUUGCCGCAAUAAGCGCUUCAAGAAAUCACAAUCGUCAUCCAUGUCAAUUGGCAUUGAGUUGUCAGUUGUCGACAGUCAGAGCAGUCCGACAUCGCAGUGUCUAUCGAGCUUCUACGAUCAUUUCCGAAACGAUCAGCAGCAGCAGAAACAACUCGACUUCAGUUCCCAGCCGAGCACACCAAAGGAGACGAGCCCAUCCGGCCCAUUGAAACGUACUUACUCACAAUCAACCCAAAAUCAAGCUGCCAGAAAAAUUCAACAGUUCAUGAGACAAUCACGAAUUAAACUGCAGAGAGAACGAGCAGAAAAAGAGAAGCUGGUGCACCAACGCAGGGCGGAAUACCUUCAAAGCUUGCAGUAUCAAGAACAGCCGGAAAUUGUCUGCCAAGUCGAAAGAAAUGAAAUGUCAACAGCAAGCAUGACAAAUGAGCUUGCCAGCGCGAGUGGUGCAAACAACAACAAUAACAGUAACAUAUUUACCUACCAUUUGGGUCAAAACCAACAAUGAGCUGUGGAAAUGAAGCAAUUGCGGAAUAAAACCGAACAAGUCAGUAGCCAGUCAGCAAGCAAGGAAAGCUCUCUCUGCAUACACGAAAGCUUUUGUGCCGCAAAUCUUGUAUAAAGCGGCGUACGAUUGUUUACCAUUUUGUCAAAAUGUAGCAAAUGAAGUGAAAUUGCAACAACAACACAUGCAUACUUAUUAUAUACACAAGAUAAAUCUAAAUGCAUGUAAAUACACAAUUUUUAGGUAUUGUUUAUAUAUAACACAUAUAUAUAUGUAUAUAUACAUAUACAUAGGUACUUACGCAUAUGUGUUGCACAUACAUAUGCAUAUACAUAUAUUCCAAAACCGAAAUGACGGAAAGCAAACCAACUAUAACCUAUGACUAAUUGUAAAUCUUUGAAUAGCUUUAUCAAACUGAGUGAAACUUUCUAUUCGCAUCUUUUUGAAAUAGAAUUGUAGUAGGUCUUAUUUACGAUUACAUAACAUGGAAUAUGUACACAUAUUUUUGAUUACUCCUAAAGAGAUAAAGUACUGUACAAUGUACAAUGAAUUUAAUUUUUUUACUUUUGCUAUUGCACGGUUCUGUAGAAAACUUGUAGCAACUCUACUUCUCCUCCUCUUCUCGAAAUGCAGUUCCCGAAUAGGUCAAAUUCAAACAAUUUACAUUUAAACUUAAUUGAACUGUUGAAGUGGGGGUGGGCAGGAGGAGAAGGAGGAGCAUGUUUCAUAUUUAAUAAUAUUUAUGCACCAGAAAAUAAAACUUUUUUGCCUUCUAAAUAUAUUUAUAUGUAAGUGAGGAAUUAACUAUUACUACUAUUAACUAUUAACUAACUAUUAAAUCGAUUAACUACUUAUGUAGCAACAACAACAAAGUAUAACAUCAAAACACUUUUUACGAAUUGUUGGAGUUUUUUCUCUUUUCUUAUAACUAAGCAGUGCGUCGUUUAAGUCUUACGAAGAAUUUUUAAAAUAUUAUAUAUACAUAUAUACCAACAAAGGAUGUAGUGAAAUUAUUAAGCAUAUAUUAAUGAUUACUAAAUGGUAAUGUUACUUAUUUUUUACAAAAAACAAAAAAAGAAAAAAACAGCAAACACAACAUUUUCGUGUUUUAACUUGGUUUUUUUUUGUUGUUUUUAUUUUUUUAAGUAGAAACGAAUGGCGAAAUGCACGCACGUAAAUGUGCAGUGUCGUCUUGAAGAAUUCGAAGAAUUUGAAGAAUUAGAAACUUGAAAUUAAUUCGCAACACUAAGAGAACUUAUUAAAGAAGCCUUCUAUAAACUAUAAAAACAAGAACAAACAAACUUAACUGAAACUAUUUUAGCUGAAAUUAAUAUAAAUAAAAAACGAAAGUAUUGGAUAAUGUUGAGAAAUAGCAAAUUUAAUAAAAAACACCUUGUAAACUUUUUAAACACUUGCAUGUAGUAAACGAGAGCUCUAUUUAUAUUGUACGUAUAUACAUACAUAUAUAUACAUAAAAACUUGAUAGUAUAUAUUUUUAAUUAUGAAUUAAAAAUUAUAGCCAAAAACUGAAAAGAAAAAACAAGAACAAAAGAAUUAUGCAACUAUAGGUUAGUUACAAUGCGAAUUAAAAAGCAUUUUCGAAAUACGUUCAUUACGUUACUUAGCCAAAAGAGAUAUACAUACAUACAUAAUAAAAACAAAAAUAAUGAAAAUUUCAAAUAUAUUACGAUUAGCAAAAGAAACAAGUGCGUUUUUAAAAAACAACUAUUCUCUACUAAAACUUACUAGUUAUUGAAUAUAAACAAAUAUUUAUGCUUUUAAAUUUUUAGAAAAGAAAAAAUUAUUCAACUUAACAUAAACUUACAUACUAUGAAAAUUUAUAAAUAUUUUAACGGUUGAUUAAGAAUUUGCAAUGAUUUCUAAAAUCAAAAUGAAAAAGCAAAAUUAAACUAAAACUUAACUUAUAAAUAUACACAUUUUUGACUUAACUCAAACUUAACUUAAACUCCACAUAACGUUGCUUUAUCGACAGCGUUUGAAAUAUGAAACAAAAACAAAAAAGAAAAGAGAAUAAUUAACGAAAAUUGAGAAAGUGCUUACCAAAAGAAACGUGCAACGCAAAGAACUUGUACUGAGCUAGUGGAACGGUGCGCGUAGCGUGUGCACACGAACGUUAGGUUCGCCGUUAUCAGCGUAAGCAGCGUAUGGAAUUGAGUUGUAAUACGUUGAAUUGAAUAAAAAGCAAAAGUAUUCUUAAACAAAUGUAAAUUAAAAUUGUUUUUAAACUAUGGUAAAACAUUUAUUUUUAAAUGUGAUUAUAUAUACAUACAUAUAAAUAUAUAUAUAUAUAUACAUAUAUAAAUAUAUAUUCUGCUCCCCUAUUUAUAAACUAUUAUAUUCCCAUUACCUAACAUUAAAGCAUAAUCAAUUAAAUAAAUAAAAAUUAGUUAUAUUAAAUAACAAA